AAAGUAUUGGUGGCUUCACUCUUUUAGUUUAACACGAUGUCAGAUCAAGGUGAAAACGUUAAGAAAGAAGAUGUCGAAGUUGUAGGAAGUUUUACAUAUCCUGAUGGAAUGGAAUAUGUUGGCCAAUGGGACGAGAAAGGUCAGAAACAGGGAAUGGGACAUUUAAAAUUUCCAGGUGGAACAGUUUACGUGGGAAGAUUUGAGAACGGCAUGCCAUCUGGACUAGGCGUUCUUUCGUUUCCUGACCAUGCAAAAUAUGAAGGAGAGUUCAUGCAAGGUUGGUUCCAUGGACAUGGAACGUUCUGGAGAAAUGACGGAAUGAGAUUCGAAGGCGAGUUUCGUGGAGGUCGAAUAUGGGGGUAUGGUUUGGUGACGUUUGCAGAUGGAUCGAAUGGUUUUCCUAGAUGUGAAGGAUUGUUCAAAGAUUGUAGACUUGUCAAAAGAUGUCGCUGUAUAGAUAUUGUUCUUCAAGCGCAGAAGGUUGCCAUGGCAGCCAGAGCUCAGUGUCAACAAGAGCCAAUAAUGGAUAACUAAACUGAGUAAAAUGUAUUUUAACAACUUUUGAUCUGGAUAGUGAAAAUCAACAUUUUUAAAAAGGUCAGUUGUAAUCACAUUUCUUUUAGUGAAAAAAUCACAUUUUAAAGAGAAAUAGUCAACAUUAAUCACUAAUUUUCCUAGAAUUUUAAAUCAAUAAUCUUUUUCUUUUCGAAAGGUAUUUGAUUAACAAUAAUGCCGGUGUAUUAUUUUGUAUGUGUAAACUGAGCUUGAAUACUUAAACAAGUCACUGCUGUGAUAGGUGUUGAAAAACAAUUUAAAAGUUAUUCCUGAUUUUUGAUAGUGUUACGUUUUUGAUUGCACAAUUUAUAUUAAUUAGGAUGUUUACUUUUACCCUCUGAAUUAUGCUGCAUAAUUACUAACUGCUUCAUUUUAAAAACAUAUUUUGAUACAGUGUGAACAAUUUAUUUUUUCCCGAUAGAAAUUAUGCAUGAAUCGAUACUCCAACAUUUCAGAAAACUUAACCAAGGUAAACUAAUUAUACUCUUGAUCUCCAGCUCUUUAUCCAUGUUUUCGUAUACGUAGCCAUAUUCUUAGUUAACGAAACAGCGCCAUCUAAUGUCAAAUACUUAAAAUAUUUUUAAUUUUGUAUCUUAUCUUUCAGGUGAAUCUAAUUUUUGGAUAUCCUUUAGAUUUUUGAUCAUAUAGUUUGAUAACGAAAUAAAUGUUCAUUUUGUCUUUUAUUACAUAUAUUUUUCAUGUUUGAGUUCAACUGUUUUGUUGGUAGAAUACAAAAACAUUGAAUUAUUCGAUAAAUGCAGUUUAUAGUUUACAUGAAUUAUUUUAAAAAUAUAUGAUUUUUUACUGUUUAUUCCCUAUUUCAGAAAUUUGUUUUGAAUUUAACUCUUUCAGAAGAUAUUUUGUGAUCACAAAAAACUAAUAUUUUACAAUUUAGCGACUUUGUUGACCGGCGCAAACUUGUCAAAUUACUUUUUUUUGUUUAUUUGUUGGUUUUUAAGUUACGGAAGGGUACGGUAGUGACUUCAGUCAAGCUAGAAAGAUGUAGUAACGCUGCCGUGACUAUAAACAGGACCGAACUUUUAGUCUAUUCUGGGGUAUUGCUACAGUUAUUCCACGUGAUGGAAUGCCACUAUUACUACAUUUCUGAAUAAAUCUAAACACUCCUAUAUCACGUUAAAAAUGAAGAUUCUUAUUCGUUUUAGAUUAUGACAAAUAAGCAGUCAAAAAAUGGUAAAAUUAAUAAUCUUGUUGAAGUGACAAAACAUAGAGUAAAGAAAAUAGAAUCGGCACGAAAUAUCUACUGGUAGAUAUUAAUCUGAACUAGAGAAUAUUUGACAACAUUAGCACGUGUAUUAAUGUUUUUUAUAAAUAUUAUUUUGAUCAUUUUAAGCGAAUUGCUAUUCAACAUAGGGGUAAAGCUGUUGACUUAAGGGUCUAUGAGGACAUAGAAGACCUGAUAUGAGGGAAAGGCUUAAUUGUCGAAGGCACUGAAUCUGUUUCUAGUUUUCCCUGACAGCUGGAGCUCGAAUCCUACUUUUGGUACACUAUUAUUUAAAAUUAGCUAUUAAAAUAAUAUACCAUAGUCAAAUGUAUUACAUGUUAUAGAUUAGGAUAUACAAGUGUUCAACGAUGAGUAAAAGUAUUGCUUUUUUAUCGUUUGUCUUCUAGAUCUUUUCUAGUAUCAAAGUUAGGUUGUAAUAAAGAUUGAAAUGUAGCUCAUUUAUUUAGAAAUUAGCUUUAGUAAACAAACAACAUAGUUAUUUAAAAAAUUGUCCAUUUAUAUGAAAAGCAUUUAAUAAUUUUAAACAUAGAAACAAAAUAUUGCAAUUUGUCCAAUAGGAUUCGUAAGUUAAAAAGAUCUAGAUAUAUCAAAUACUAUUUCGUGAAGUAAAAACUUUUAAUUUCCCUAACAUCUGUAAUAGAAAUGAGUGAUCAAAACAUUUUCAUGUACAAAAACAGCCAGGUUGUAUGUAUGUAAAACCCUUUAUAGAUGUAAUGUAAAAGUGGGUAAGUUCAAUAAUAAAAACUGGGGAAUUCUUCAUGCCCUUUUUUUAUAACAACUGAACAACUAGUAACACGAACAGCAAAAUGGAGCAAAGUUUUCCUUUUUUUCCUGUUUUAUAUCUUUAAAAGGUUUGCCCUUUUAUAUAACUUAGCUGUUUUUGUGCAUGUAAAGUGUUUUGAUUUUAUUACGGACCUUUUAUUUCAGUGUUUGAUUAUCUCAGUUUAUAUGAUGAAUAUUGUAUGAACAAGAAAAUAAAAUAUUGAAGGAAAGGUGCGAGUAUA